AUGGUGAAAAGCAAUCAAAGUACUCCAGUGACAGAGUUUCUCUUCUCUGGAUUCCCUCAGUGUAAAAAUGGUAGCCUCCUCUUCUUCAUUCCUUUGUUUUUCAUCUACAUAUUCAUUGUCAUUGGGAAUCUCAUUGUAUUUUUCGCAGUCAGGAUGGAUACUCGUCUCCACAAUCCCAUGUACAAUUUUAUCAGCAUUUUCUCAUUUCUAGAGAUCUGGUACACCACAGCUACCAUUCCCAAGAUGCUCUCCAAUCUCAUCAGUGAGCAGAAGACUAUCUCCAUGAUUGGCUGUCUCUUGCAGAUGUACUUUUUCCAUUCACUUGGAAAUUCAGAAGGAAUUUUGUUAACUACCAUGGCUAUCGAUAGGUAUGUUGCUAUCUGUAAUCCUCUUCGCUACCCGACCAUCAUGACACCCCGGUUAUGUGCUCAGCUCUCUGCAGUCUCCUGUAUCUUUGGUUUUAUUGUGUUGCUCCCAGAAAUUGUAUGGAUUUCCACACUGCCCUUUUGUGGCCCCAACCAAAUUCACCAGAUCUUCUGUGACUUUGAACCUGUGCUGCGCUUGGCCUGUACAAACACUUCCAUGAUUCUGAUUGAGGAUGUGAUCCACGCUAUUGCCAUCAUUUUCUCAGUCCUAAUCAUUGCUCUUUCUUACAUCAGAAUCAUCACUGUGAUCCUGAGGAUUCCCUCUGCGGAGGGCCGUCAGAAGGCCUUUUCCACUUGUGCAGCCCAUCUUGGUGUCUUCCUGAUGUUCUAUGGUAGUGUGUCACUCAUGUACCUUCGAUUCUCUGCCACUUUCCCACCAGUUUUGGACACAGCCAUUGCACUGAUGUUUGCAGUUCUUGCUCCCUUUUUUAACCCUAUCAUUUAUAGCUUGAGAAACAAGGACAUGAAGAUUGCAAUUAAGAAGCUUCUCUGUCCUCAGAAGGUGUUUAAUACAUCUAUAAGUUAG